AUGGCUCUCGCUUCGAUAUACAUGGGAUUCUCCGGACUUUUCAAAGGAGUGAAACCCACCGUACUCCUACGAGGAGGAAGAUCACAGCCCGAGGUAGAAGAGGAAACGUUCGGUCCUCGAUACAAGCCCGAACGACUAGACGAACUCUGUAAGAAUACGAAGUUCGACCGCGAGGAAAUACGUCUCAUUUAUCAGGGAUUCAAGCAGGAAUGCCCAACGGGUCUAGUCGACGAAGACGCGUUCAAACUCAUAUUUGCCCAAUUUUUCCCACAAGGAGAUGCUUCUCAGUAUGCCCAUUACGUGUUCAACACCAUGAAGCAAUAUGGUCACAACGGAUGCCUAACGUUCGAACAGUUUCUCCAGGUGCUCUCAUCACUUUCUCGAGGCAGUGUCACAGAGAAGGUGCAGUGGAUCUUCGGGCUGUACGACUUAAAUGGAGAUGGCUUCAUCUCUCGCACGGAAAUGCUGCGUGUAGUUUCCGCCAUAUACGACAUGCUGGGCCACUGGACACAGCCGCAGGUGAACGAACAUACGGCCAAGGAGCACGUCGAUAAGAUUUUCAACUUAAUCGAUGCCGAUCAUGAUGGUCUCGUGUCGUUUGAUGAGUUUCUUGUGUGGUGCCAGAGGGAUGAAAGCCGAACUCGCAGUCUGUUUAUGCUGGACACCGUCCUGUGA